AUGGCAUCUACAACAACGCAAGCGGUACUAAUGUAUGCCAAACUUGCAGCCAGGGCCCUCAGUCUCCCGGUCGUUGAGAGAAUCUUCCAUCUUACCAGAAUGCAGGAUGUGGACUGGGAAGAAACGAACUGGGCGUUGCUUCGGGCUCUAUUUGAGAUUACAGACCACUGUAGUAGGUCCAACUUGGAGGACGUCCGACAAGAUAGAUAA